AUGACAUCUCUUGCUGCUGAUGCUGCUGCUCCAGGCAGUGGCAACAAGCAAGACAAUCCUGCUGCUGCCGAUCAUGCUGUCGCCGGCACCGAUAUAGCAGCAACCGUUAACCAGAAUGUCGACUUCAAUUCAAGCAAUGACGAUGACGACGUCGUGUUGACCUUCUCUGAAGUUCCCGGCGAAUUGGCGCAUCUCGGUGCUUUCGACUCAGACCAGCAAAAACAGCAACAGGAACAACAUCAACCCAGCACAGCCCACACUAGCAACAGCCACAUUGGCGACCCGCCAAAAAGCUCUCCCCCACAACAACAGCAACCGCAACAGCCGCGCCAGCUCUCGGCUAGCAGCUCUCCCACCUCGACACCCGCUCAUCGCGUAAGGAAACCCUCGCCAGGUCUCGCAGCGCGAUUAAAGGCCCUAGGCUUCGGCACAACACGCAAGUCAAGCCCACCACCGCCCUCCCAUUAUCUAGAACCCGGCCGUCUCCCGGAAGAAGCUCUCAGACGACUCGAUCAGGAGCACAUCGCCGGCUCCGCGCAACCCGUUGUAGAGCGGCGGGGCCGCCCCUGGAAGGGCAUCGUCCGCAUCUCAUCGAGGUCGAGCCUCAAGUCGGAGAGGUCGCAGACAAGGACGGAACCCGAAGAACCUGUCCCCGAAGAGCCCGUGUCCGAGGUUACCAUUCCCGUUACGAAGCCCGAUCUUCUUCCAGAGAUUACCACGUCCGAACCGCUGGACAUGGACACAAACAAGUACCGUCUUCCCGACCACACAAACGGAAACGGAGUCAAGGCCCAGCCCGAGACAAGGGAUGAACACAUCGCGAGGGAUACCCGGCCUCCCCAGGCACCCCAGACACCAGAGAUCCCACCUCCGCCACUUCCCAAGGAUACGCCACCACUAACACGACGUGCCACAAACCCAACCACGCCAACCACACGAGACGUCUUCAAUGCCGACUCCAUCACAUUCAACCCCCUGGGACUCCAAAGGGCGGGGUCCAUUUACACGCUAUCGCGAGCCUCGUUCGCGAACCAGCUUGCCCAGCUGACGUCACUACAGCUUCCGGAUGCCGACUCGCUGAGUGAUAAGGUUUCAGCCAUCCCGACAGCCCAGGUCGCGACGAAGGCCUUGAUAGGCGCUGCCGAGCAAAUCCGUGGCUGGAUUUACAAGGCUUCGGAAGUGAUAGGGGGCCUAGAGAGCGAUGACGACGUCGAAUGGGCCGCCGCCGGCGGGCGCGAAGGCGUUGAGGAGGUCGAAAACGCCAUCAUCCGCUUCGAGGAGUUGAUUAAGGUUUACGUCGGCGCUAUUGAGGACUUGCAGUGCCGAGAGGACAUCACCUACGUCGCGGCCGAUGAUCUCCGCAGAGCCGUUGCUCAGAUGGAGGCCAUCCUCGCCGAGUGGGGCAAGAUGCGCAAGACGUUGCACAACGUCAAGGCCCAAGUCGAGAUUGCCAUGGAAUGGGAGGAGCUAUGGAACAUGGUGCUUGGUGACAUCCAGAACGAAAUGGACGACCUUGCGAGGCUAGUCUUCGAAAUGGAAGAACGACGCCACAAGUCGAUUCUGGGCGUGCCAACCGGCGAUCCCAGCAUGGACAUUGGCGACUUGGAAACGAUAGUAGAGGACACGCCCCGGGCGCCCGCACGGCUGCAAACCGCCAACAAUCGUUUCAGCGUGCCCGUGUUCCCCAUCAGCCCUACCUCGCCCUCGCCCAACGCGACCGGCAUCUCCCAGGACGAUUCCAGCCUGCUGGCCCUGUUCGCUAGGAUGCAGCCCCUCAGAGCCUCGCUGGAUUUCCUGCCCAUGAGGCUCUCCGUUUUUGAAAACAGAGCCGACAGCAUAUUUCCUACGGCAUGCGAGGAGCUAGAAGUUCGACGGUCGGAGCUGGAUUCGACUUACAAGAAGCUCGAGAAGGACGCCGAAUCCCUGCGUAAGGAACUGGGUGAGGAUCGAUGGGUUCUUGUUUUCCGUGGCGCCGGACGGCAGGCGCAGAAGAUGUAUGAGUCAGUCGAGAGGAGCGUAGCUAGGCUCCGCGAGGCCAUCGACACCGGCAUGCAUCUAACCAACCAACCCAUCAUGAGCAAGAAGCUGGAGAAUUAUGAGGCGAAGAAGACGCACUACGGCCCAGCGAUCGAGCGAGUGUUAUCCAUCAUUGAUAAGGGAGUCAAGGACCGGUUGACCGUCAACGGCGAGAUUCUCCGUCUGCACAAUGAAAUGCAGGCCAAGUGGGAGGACCUGAAGGAGGCCAUAGCGGACACGGAUGCCGUGGUCGAGGAGCUGCACGCCGACAGGAGGGGGCAGCAACUACGGGAUUCCGUUUCGAGCAUGCUGUCCAACGACAUGUCAACUCUCGCGAGCGGCAACGAUACGCCUCAGAGCUCACCUCCCUCUUCCGUGAUCAUGUCCUCCAUGGGCCUCAACAGCUCGACUCAUCUCAAAGCUCCGCCACCGCGCUCCGCAAGCGCCCUGGGUCACUUUGCCACCCCUGGUAACCGCAGACAGUCGUUGCUGCCUACUCCGAAUAGCCAAGUAUCCCGGAAACCCGUAGCCGCUAGGAUGUCGACGCUCUCGGUCCCAUCUCGCGAAGGCUCGGCUACGCCAACCGCGAACAGGCUACCGCGGCCGUCUUCCUCCUUGGCCAACCGACCGAGAUGGAACUCUUCUACCAACACAUCAGACAUUGGCACAGGGCACAACUUCAAGCCCCUCACCCUCACCACGCCGAGCCCUUAUUCUAAGCGAUCCCCUACCCCAGUCCGCUCCAACUCCGGCUUGACACCGUCCUCCGCAUCCAAACUCCCCACCCUCCGCACCCCUCUCUCCCGCGGGACCUCUACCUCGCCCAUCGCCGAGCACACCCCGUCCAAGAGCGGGUCCCUCCUCUCCUUCCGCGAACGCCUUGCAUCGCCACCAGACACCCAACAACAACAGCACCACACCUUCAACCGACCCCGCCUCGCCUCCCAACCUUCCGCACCCGCCUCCCUCACAAACAGGCGCGCCUCGCUACAGCCCCCUAGACCAAUCGACCUCUCCCCACCAACCGCCACCACCCCGCGCAGGCCCGCCAGCUCGCUCGCGUCUUCGCGCCGCACAAGCCUACUACCUCAACCACGAACGAGCAACGACGCUGCCACGGCCACAAGACCGUCGCGGGGCGGCCUCACGGGCCGCGAGAGCCCGCAGGCCGUUGCUGGCGCGCGCUUUGCUAUGCGCAAGGGCAGCAACAGCAGCAGUAGCUCUGCUGCGGCUGCUGUUGCGGCGAGAGCGACCGCCAAGGAGAAGGAUCCGAGGCCGAGGUGGAGGGGGUAG